GUUUUGGACAAGGUGGGGACUAGUCUCUCAGUCUCUAGAAUAGAAUGGGUCAACAACAUGGAUGACAUUGUUGGUAGUUUGUUAUUUUUACAUGUCUGAGUUCUGUUUUGAAAAAUUCUAAGCUUUUUGGAGAUUUUUUUAAAAUAAUUGUGUUUAGAGAAAUGUGGAUAUUCUUGAAAGUGUAAUGUUCAAGGGAUAGACAUUUACAGCAUUGAGACUCUAUUCAAGGCUUUUAGCCAUGGAGGCUGAUGAAGUCACUGUUGUAGUUCAUGGUGCUAGAGGACUUCAAGGAAGAAAACCAGGUCGCCACAAAUAUUCUGUAAUAUUUGGUAUUGGAAAUAAAAAAUAUCGCACUAGUGUUGUUAAAGAUCCAAGUGGUAAUCCUGAUUGGAAUGAGGAGUCUGUUGUCCAUGUCAGUAAUGUAAGUGAUGACAUUUUCUUCACUGUGACAGAGAAAGAUGAUGUGCUAGGAAAUAUAACUAUACCAGUUGCCUCUCUUCUCACAGUCAAAGGUGUUGUCAAGAAAGGCCCACUCAAGAACCAUAAGAAAUGCCAGAACCCCCAAGGGGAGCUCAUCUUUCAGUGCUAUGUUUCUAAACAAAGGCCGAUCAUGGUGGCACCACAGAUUAGAUCUAAUACAAUGAACAAUUCAGGUCCCCAGCUCACUGGCUUUCAGAGACUGCGGCACAACUUUACUCAGUCCCCGACGGCUCAGAAACAGAAGAAAGAAGAGAAGGAGGAUAAAAAGAAAUCUAGUUCGUUGGCAAACUUUAACAAAAAACUGUCUAAGUCCAUCCAUGAUAUUUUCCAUUUAGGUAGAUUAGAAAAUCAAAAUGAUUUUCAGGAUGAGGAUCAGUCAGGUGAAGGCAAAAACAAAAGGUUCAGUUUACGUUUUCCUAGUGUAGGCUCAGGUCUAGAGGAUACUGGUAGAGAGAUCCCAAUUGUUACCCACAUUGUGCCCAACAUGGCCAACAUUAAUGGUGGGACACGACUUUCCAUUGAAGGGCGCAAUUUAGGUAUUGGUAAGUCAGAUAUUUUGGAGCUUAUCCUCUGUGGUUCAGACCUUCUAGACACUGUUGAGUUUGAGUCGGAUAACAGAAUCUAUGUUACUACCAAACCUACAUCUGCUGGCAAAGGUGACCUUUGGAUUGAGACAGCAAAGGGUGGUCAGAAUGUACUCAAGAAUAUAUUCACAUUUGUGGAUAGGUCCUCCACCAACACGCCUUUACCUGAUAAGAAAAUGUAUGACAACAACUCUAUUUCCAGUCGAGGCAAGCACUCAGCUCUUGCUGAAAGUUUAGCAGAGAAAACUGCAGUCUCAGAGAAGACAUCAGUCUCAGACAAAGCUUCUAUAGAAAAAUCUUCUGAGGCUUUGGGACAGAAAGAAGGAAGCCUCACCAACAUAGAAAGAUCUGCUUCAUUAAAUAAGGAAGACAGACAAAGAAUAUUUCUGUCUGGCUCUGCCACUUUGCCAAGAAUCCAAGUCUCUAGUGAAGAUAAUGUCACACCUUCUCAUGGCAGCCCAUCUGGAAUGUAUAAAAAGAAUUUCCAGAAGCACAACAGAACUGCCAGUGAAUCUGUUGUAGACACAACCAAGGAUUCUGAGAGCAAAAGAAUUGCUGAAAAAAGUGAACUGCAAGCAGAAAUCUUACGACUGCACAAAGAAAAUCAAGCUCUGAAACAAGAAAAUGCUGAUAUGAAGAUGUAUAUAGAUGGUUUAGUGGCUCGAGUAAUUGUUCGUUGUCCUGAGGCUCUGGCUGCUGGAGAUGACCUGAAACCUUUACCUCCUCGUACUUAGUCACAAUCAGAUUGGUCAGUCUGUAUGUUUAUAUUAGAUUGGUCAGUUAUUCAACUGGUCAGUCUACACCUUUUCAAUUUAUUUUUGUACUUUAAACACAUUUAUUGUUAGGCUCUAUUUUGUCUUCAGUUUUUGUAACAAAUUUUUGGAAGAACUCAGCUACUAGACACUACACAUUUUUACCUCUUGUUUGAUUGUCUAUUGGAUCAUUAUCAAAUUUAUAUGAGUAAUUCUUACAAAUGUACUUAUUAUGGCUUAGCAAAACUUUGUAUUAAAUAAAUGAUCAGUUUUAUGUUCUUUCGAUGGAAGGUAUUUUCUGAGAACAUUUCACCAAUGUCUCUGAAUCUCCUGCCAAAAUCUUUUAUUAAAUUAAUGGUAUCAAUAUUCUGACAAUGUCUUCGCUAAUUACCUUAGUUUCAUUUGACUACCAGGUGGUCACUUGUAUGAAAUUGAACUGACAUUUACAAAUUGUUUUUCAGCUGUUAUCGCACAUUGUAAUGUUGUAAAGUUUAUCUAGAGAUGACAUCUCUCAUGAAAUCUUUUUUUUUUCUCUAAGAUCUACUCAAAUAUAUCUUGGGAGAAAAAGUGCCUGGAAUAAAAGAAACACUUUUGUAAUUCAGAAAAAAUCAAAAUUGAAGUUUUGAGUGUUUUAAAUCCCUUAUUUAUUAUCUAUUUUGAUAUUAUGUAUUAUUAUAUGAAACAAUGGUCUUGAAUAUUUGGCAGAGAAACUAGAAUGAAAGGAACAAUGGUCUUGAAUGUUUGACAGAGAAACUAGAAUGAAGGAAACAAUGGUCUUGAAUGUUUGACAGAGAAACUAGAAUGAAGGAAACAAUGGUCUUGAAUGUUUGACAGAGAAACUAGAAUCAAGGAAACAAUGGUCUUGAAUGUCUGACAGAGAAACUAGAAUGAAGGAAACAAUGGUCUUGAAUGUUUGACAGAGAAACUAGAAUGAAGGAAACAAUGGUCUUGAAUGUUUGACAGAGAAACUAGAAUCAAGGAAACAAUGGUCUUGAAUGUCUGACAGAGAAACUAGAAUGAAGGAAACAAUGGUCUUGAAUGUUUGACAGAGAAACUAGAAUGAAGGAAACAAUGGUCUUGAAUGUUUGGCAGAGAAACUAGAAUGAAGGAAACAAUGGUCUUGAAUGUUUGACAGAGAAACUAGAAUGAAGGAAACAAUGUUCUUGAAUGUCUGACAGAGAAACUAGAAUGAAGGAAACAAUGGUCUUGAAUGUUUGGCAGAGAAAUUAGAAUCAAGGAAACAAUGGUCUUGAAUGUUUGACAGAGAAACUAGAAUGAAGAAAAAAGUUUUAAUUCUGAUUUUUUUUUUUUUACUUAUGGCCAGAGACUAGUGGUCACCGUCUGGUGUGAAGUCUUCUUGUUUUGUUUAUUUUAAUGCGUGAAUGUUUGAUUAAUGAAUCUCAUCUGGUCAUUCUUUUGGGUAGGCAUUGUUGAAGUUAUGUGAUUUUCUCCAGUGCCCAAUCUCUGUCAGCACUGACCACCAGAUGUAGAUGCUUAGCAAUGGCUACUUGUCAGGUGAAAGGAGCCUUUUUGAUCAUUGGGUCAUCAUGAAAUACUUUAUCCCAUAAUCUACCCUGACUUAAUUGGCAUUUGGUCUAUUUAUUCCAUAACUCUAUUUGUGUUGAACAGAAAUAGCUGUGUUGGCAACUUAAAUACUGGAACAAUAAAAUGAACAUUCCAAGUUAUCACAAUUAUAUCACUUUGUGUAUUUAUAACCAAUGUUUACUAUUAAUACACUUGACAUCUCUCUUUACAUAGACUUGAAUUUACAUUUAGGAAUUACAUUGCCUUCAUAAAAAUCAAAAAGGGACAUUCACUUUUACUACUUUCACAUUUCUCCAGAAAUUUAGUUUCAAUUUUUAAAACUUUCAACCAUAAGUGAUAAAUCAUUUGGAUUUUUUUUUUUCUCUUUUAAAGUUCAAUUGAUCUAUGCAUGAUACUAAUAUAUUUCCAAAUCUAAUUUGUUUGCAUUAAAAAUGAAGAUAAUUGACAGAUAAGCUAAUAAUAAAAUUGUCAUUUGCAUUAAGACCACAUUUUUAUCUACCCUAAGCCAAAAUUUGAUUUCUAAAGCUAAUUUGAUACUAUGAAAGAAAGUUUGGGAUUAAGUCCAGUAAAAUAUUGGCAGUUGUCAUCACAGGACUAUUUGUGGAAAUAAGAUAAAAGUUCUUAUGGAACUCCUAGACUUUUAAGAAGGUUAAGACAAAUAUAAAUUGAAAUGGAAACAAUAUGUUGUCAAUUUCUUUGCUAAUUUUUAAUUUCUCUAAGAUGAAUUAGAUGUUGUUUUUUUAAUAGCACAUUUUUUAAAAACAUGUUCUUGCAGCUACAAUAUAUCUUUUCUGAUGACAAUGUCAAAUAUCAUUACAUUUUUGUCAUUUGAUCAUUUAUUUUCAUUUAGAUCUGACAUUAAGACAUGGAUUACUAGGCAAUAAGCCAUUACUAUAAAACAAUCAACUAAAAUGCAUUGAAAGAUAUUUUUUGAAAUUUUUCUAUUAAUUUUUUUUCUGUAAUAUUUUCAAAGAACAUUCUCCACACUUGCGUAUUUACAAAUAAUUUCUCAAAUUUAAUCAUUACUAUAAAUCUAACAUUCUUUUAAUUAUUGAAAUGGUUGUGAUAGAAGACCAUGCAUAUCAGUGAAACUCUUCCAAUGUCUUGUGCUACUGCCAGAUAUAUAUGAUACUAUGAUGUAACUACAAAAUAUCUAUUUUUCUAUCCAUUCUAGUUGUUAUAAAUGAGGCAGCUGACAGUAUGCAUGUUAUGUUAUUUAUACUUGAUUUUGAUAUUGUGAGUUCUUCAAUUAAAAUGUAAAGUUUGAUGGUAAAUUUCCUUGAUUUGUAUUUAAGAAUCAGUGUACUGGCCGGUUGUAGUUUGUAUUCUUACAUUUGAUACUGUUCUUGUAAUCAUACACUAACAAUGUAUUGGUGAUGGAUUUGUUGAACUUGUUGAUAUCAAAGUAAUACAAAAUGUAUGUUAGCCCUCUCUGCCCACUUCUCUUUCAAUACUUAUUGAAGUUACUUUUAUUUUUUUUAAAGUUCUGAAAUAUUUAAUUUAAUACAAAGCUCUUAAAAUUUACCAAAUGAUGAAGUUAAAUUUCAUAAUCUGAAGUAAAAAUUUAGUGAUUACUAUUUAAUAAGAAGCUCUUAGACUUGACCAAAUGAUUCAUCUUAUGAUACAGGCAUUCAAUUUUGUUAAUGUAUGACAGACACAUACAAAGCAAAUUUUGUGAUAAUUAUAUGUAUGUCUAUUGCAAGUAUUCAGUGAAAUAAAACUUCUGAUAAACAUUCAA